CAGUAUAUCCCUGCUUACUAUUAGCGCGAAAACGUCAACAAAACCAACGUGGAGGAAAAUAUGGCGGAAAGUGGAAAGCUUCAGAAUCUUUAUCCCCCUUCUGCAAGGGUAAGGUCCGAAGUAUGGAAAUAUUUUGGUUAUAAAAAGGAUGCAGAGGGAAUGGUGGUUGAGGACGGUUUCCCUAUUUGUAAAAAGUGCGGAAGGGAAAUAGCCGCGAAACAUGGAAACACCUCCAACAUGUUUACCCAUCUGCGCAGAAAUCACCCGAUACAAUUCAGAGAGAUAAUGCAAAACUACAGAACAAGAAUAAACAGUCCUAUCUCCCGGGCAAGGAACACUGCAAUAAGAAGAGAGAGUUAUAAGCAAAUGAGGAGAGAGGGAAGGAUAAUGGUGUCUCCAGGGGUGCAAAACCAAACUUCAACAACCAGUGAUGAUAAUGAGGUGAACUCUCAGGGUCAGCAGGAAUCUGUUAUAAACUCAGCCAGCAGUGAGACGGACUGCAGCUCUGUGAGUCCUUUGAGCAGCUGGUUGAAACAAGAACCAAAAAAUGAAAUGAUCGAGUGGGAAAAUAUGAACUCUGAGGUCCACACUGAUGCUGAAACGGACAUCACAUUGAGCAAUGUCAUCUCCACAUCGACAACUCAGGUGGAAAGUUUAAUUACCAGUGAGAUGCUGACCAUCACCAAACUGCAGGGUCAGGUUGAAAACAAACAGGAGAAGAUUGAAGCACUGGAGAAACAGGUGCAGGAUCUGCAGGAGGAUCGCAAGUUUCUCCGUACACAGAUCGAGAACCUCACCAGCGUUCUUUCUGCUUACGUCCGUGAUGGUGUUAAUAAAAAUCAAGAAAAGUAAAGGCACAAGAAAGAGCUUAGAAAUUGUUUUUUUCUAAAACCGUGUAACUGUGCUGUCUGCCUUAAGCAAGAUCAUAAAUGCACCCUUUUUGUCAAAGUCCAUCACUGAAACUCACAGAAUCAUAUUUUUAUGUGUGAGGGUAGGGUUAAUGAGUAGUUAUAUCAUAACCUUAUUUGGGACAGUUCUCCUGGUUGUCUGCCCCUGAUGACCUCACUGUUACCUAUAUGAGAUUUUCAGAACACCAUCACAUCAACACGGACCCCAUUACAGCUAUAGAGACUGUUCCUCUGAGGCUGUGUGAGAAAAUAUGUGCUUAUGGGGCAGGUUAUGGUCAUUUGUUACUGUGGAUGAAGUACACAAAUAAAAGUACAAGUAGGUUAGA